AAUCUGUCUGUAGUGGAUGUUAAACUGCCGUACUGGAGUCUGUCUGUAGUGGAUGUUAUACUGCAGUACUGGAGGUUACCGCUGUAGGCGCUGCGGUGUUGGUGGCGCAGCUGCUGUGUUGUUCAGGCCUCGUUGCUGCGCAAGUGAAAGCGUUUCAGAACCGCGUGCAGCAAGUAAGAUAUCUAUCAAUGAAAAGAUUUUAUUAGUAAAGUUGAAUUUUAACUGUCGUUUAUCGUCAUAAGAGACUUCAACGAUCAUUUUAAUAUGUCUCGGUAUAUGAGGCCGCCGAACAGCUCGCUGUUUAUCCGAAACAUCUCCGACGAGUCCCGGCCAGAGGACCUGCGCAGGGAGUUCGGCCGAUACGGGCCCAUUGCAGAUGUCUACAUUCCUCUAGACUUCUAUUCACGCCGACCCAGAGGAUUUGCAUACAUUCAGUUUGAAGAUGUGCGAGAUGCAGAAGACGCCCUGCACAAUCUGGACAGGAAGUGGGUGUGUGGACGACAAAUUGAGAUCCAGUUUGCUCAAGGAGAUCGAAAGACGCCCGGUCAGAUGAAGUCCAAGGAGCGCCAAUCACCACGCAGUUUCUCUCGAGAUGGUCGCCGCAGGCGUUCACGCAGCCGCAGCCACGGCAGACGCAGAUCACGCAGUCCAUCUUACGAGAGACGCUACCGAAGAUCGGAGAGUCCCAGAGAGUCGAGAGGAAGAGCACACAGCAGACGCAGUCGAGAGUAUGAGAGGCACAGACCGUCUGCCCGUGACCAUCAACGCUCUCGUGGCGACGCCCACUCUCGCAGCCGGAGCCCCUCCCACUCGAAACCCAAAGGCGGGCGCAGAGAGUCGGACGGAGGCCGAUCCCGCUCCAGGUCCAAAUCCAUCACCCCGCUGGAACAGAACGAUUUCCACGCGGAGAAACGGGACGCUCCUGACAAGACCCGCGCGCGCUCGCCAUCACGUUCGCAGUCGCGCUCCAGGUCUCGCUCACGCUCUUGGGCGGGUCGCAAGUCUUGGGGUCAUUAGAGUGCAUGAUGGCACAUGUGAUGUCACAGGUCCAUUGUUAUAGCAGGAUGUAUCCGUUCAUUUUUUGGGUGCAGUUUAACGUGUCUAACAUUGAAGUAUUAGUGUAACGUGUAAAUGAUGGUUUAGUUUACAAGCGCAGUUGCAUUUGAGGCGGUGCAGAAUACAAGGUGUAAAUUGCUUUCAAUAUUUUUGUAUGAAAUUUUUAGUUGACCAGUAAGUCCAUAUAAAACUGUCUUCCAUGAACGUGUCAUGUGUUUUAGAUCUGCAGACCUUUUACAUGUAACCUUAAAAAUGAAAUUAAUUUCUCAUGCAUAACUGAAUUAAAUACUUUGUGAUUCCUCAA